CUGUGAGUUGCGACAAUACGAUGUAACCAGCCGUAAACUUGCAUGUGACGAAAGGAAGAUACAACAAAGGAACCGCCUAUAUCCUGUUUUCAUACGACACCUUCACUUCUCUACAAGCGGACACGACGCUACAAGCGGUUGGAACCGCAAAGUUCCGCUGAAAAAUCACCGUGACGCGGUGAAAAGUUUGCCGGGCCGGUGGACCGCUGUAGUACCGCUACAUCACGCGUCUUGCCACGAUGGACAAGAAGUUUGCUAAAGAGAAGCCGAACCCAGUGACAAAGGCCGGCCUUCUCUCCAAAAUCUUCUUUUGGUGGCUGAAUCCAUUGUUCAAGACUGGCUAUAAGAGAACACUACAGGAAGAUGACAUGUACAAUGUCCUGUAUGAUGACAGUUCACAGAAACAAACAGAUGAUCUUGAAAGAGAAUGGCAGAAAGAGCUGGACAAGGCUAAAGAAUCUCCCAAGCGACCACCCAGCCUGAGAUGGGCCCUGUUCAGGCAGUUUGGUGCCAAGCAUCUACUGUGUACACUGUGUACACUCUUUGUGGAAGCUAUCAGAAUAAUUCAGCCUAUCGUGUUAGCCUGGCUGAUAGACUACUUCUCUCCCGAGAGCACUGUGACCACAACACAAGCUUACCUGUACGCCCUGGUCAUCAGUGCCGGGGCCCUUGUUGUGACUGUUAUACACCAUCCCUACAUGUACGUCCUCAUGGCACUGGGAUGGAAGAUGAGGGUAGCCUGUUGUGGGCUCAUCUUUAGAAAGGCAUUGAAGCUUAACCACACUGCCUUAGGGAAGAGCAACACGGGACAGAUUGUCAACCUCAUGUCUAAUGAUGUCAACAGGUUUGAUCAGGGCUUCAUGUUCUUCCACUACCUGUGGAUUGGGCCAAUAGAGACUGUAAUAGUGAUCAUCCUGCUGUACAGAGACUUGGGACCUUCUUGUCUGGCCGGGUUGGGAUUCUUGUUGGUCCAGCUGGUUCUGUCAAGUGCCAUCGGCAAACUCUUCUCUAAAUACAGGAGCCAGACAGCACAUAGAACAGACGACCGCAUCAGAACCAUGAGUGAGAUCAUCUCUGCCAUGAGGGUCAUCAAGAUGUACACUUGGGAGAAACCAUUCAGUGAAAUGGUGGCAAAGCUUAGAAAACAUGAGAUCCAGGUGGUCAUAAAGGCGGCGCUGUGCCGGGGGUUGAACAUGGCGCUGUCGUCCGUGUCUCUGCGGAUGGUCGUCUUCUUCACGUUUGUCACGUACGUCCUGAUGGGGAACGGCCUGACCGCAGGGGUCGUCUUCAGGUCAAUCGGCCUGGUCAACGUCAUUCAGUUAACAGCCAUGACAUUCAUGCCACUGGCGGUCUCAAAGGCGGCGGAGGCUGUUGUCUCCAUGAAGAGAAUACAGGACUUCUUGCUAUUGGAGGAAAUGGAUGAUCCAGAAGCCGGUACAAAUGGCGUCAUCUCAGUCACAUCACCCCAGGACGCCGGCUGCAGUGUCAUUCUGGACAAGGUCAAGGCCAAGUGGGCAGGGGACAGCGAUCAGUUAACACUGAAGAGCAUCAGCUUGAAACUGAAACCAGGUCAACUGCUGGCAGUUAUUGGGCCUGUGGGGUCAGGAAAGUCCUCGUUACUGAGUACUGUGCUACAAGAGCUGCCAGUGACCUCAGGAGAGGUCAAGGUUCAUGGCAAGGUCGGCUAUGCGUCUCAGCAGCCCUGGGUGUUCUCUGGGACUGUACGACAGAAUAUCCUCUUUGGACGCCCUUAUGUUGAAGAGAAGUACAGGAAAACCAUCCAAGCGUGUGCUCUUAAGAAGGAUUUUGAACUCCUGCCCCAUGGUGACAUGACACUGGUUGGAGACAGAGGUGUGACACUGAGUGGUGGUCAGAAGGCAAGGAUCAGCCUGGCCAGAGCUGUGUACCAUGACGCAGAUAUUUACCUGCUAGACGACCCUCUCAGUGCUGUGGAUGGGGAGGUUGGGAGGCACCUGUUUAACAGGUGUAUCCAGGGUGCCUUGCGUGACAAACCACGGAUCCUGGUGACUCAUCAGUUACAGUAUGUACAGGAGGCAGACCAGAUACUGGUGCUGUUAGAGGGUGAGCAGGUUGCUCUCGGUACCUACAGAGAACUCCUGCAGUCAGGAAUCGACUUUGCCAAGAUGAUGGCGACAGAGGAGGAAGAGGAAGAAGAGGAGGAAGGAAGGAAGAUGAACCGUCAGCUGUCCAGGGGUUCUUCUCGGAGAAGACGAGUCCGUUCUAGAACCUUCUCAGAAACUUUCAGUGCCAAGUCUGCCGAGUCAGAUACUGAAGAAGAGGAUGUGAGUGUUCCGUUGUUAGAGGAAGAAGAUCGAAUGACUGGUUCGAUAGGGUGGAACGUGUACAGAGACUACUUCAAGGCCGGUGCUGGGAUCCUGGGAUGUCUGUUCGCUGUACUGGUUAACGUAGGCUACAUUGUCAUCUACUUGAUAGCUGACUGGUGGCUAGCAUACUGGGCAAGACAAGAAGAGGAAUAUCGUACUGCAGGCAACAAUUGGCCGUUUCCACCUAGAAAUGGCAACAAUGCAACAUUUCUGAAUGUUUCCAAUGUUGGAGACAAUGUUGCAAACACAACGGCCAUACCGAUGCCCCUCUCUAUAGCUGCCCCGGACACACAUUUCUACAUCUACAUAUUCACUGCCCUGACGGCAGGAUCCCUAGUGCUGAGUCUCGUCAGGACUUGGCACGUUUUUUACAUCACAGUGGAGUCUUCUAGAAACCUCCAUAACGACAUGUUCAACGCAAUCAUCAGGGCUCCAAUCAGGUUCUUCGACACAAACCCUGUUGGGCGAAUCUUGAAUCGUUUCUCCAAAGACAUUGGACAGCUGGAUGACAUGUUUCCUUGGACGUUCGCUGACUUUACUGAGGGAUUUCUAGCAAUCCUUGGGAUCAUAGUUAUGGCUGGAAUCAUCAACCCCUGGGUGUUCAUCCCCACCAUACCUCUGUUGUUACUGUUCAUGUACCUACGGAAGUAUUACCUGAGCACAUCCAGGGACAUCAAACGACUGGAGGGAACCACUCGUAGCCCAGUGUUCUCUCACCUGUCUGCCACCUUGCAAGGCCUGUGGACCAUCCGAGCCUUUGGUGCUCAGGAGAGUUUCCAGCAGGAGUUUGAUUCUCACCAGGACCUGCACUCGGAAGCCUGGUUCCUGUUUCUGACCUGCAGCAGGUGGCUGGCCAUCAGGAUCGACUUUCUCGCCUCCCUGUUUGUGACAGCUGUGGUAUUCUUUAGUGUACCUGCUUCACAAGCUCUAGAUGGCGGUCUGGUGGGGCUGUCAGUGACGUAUGCCAUCAUGCUCACAGGCUUCUUCCAGUGGAUCGUACGACAGAGUGCUGAGGUGGAGAAUCUGAUGACAUCCGCAGAAAGAGUAGUCACAUAUACUAAACUGGAGCCUGAAGCUCCACUGGAGACCAGUACAAAACCUCCCGGAGACUGGCCUCAGCACGGGAGGGUCGAGUUGGAGGCUGUGUCCUUCUCGUAUUCUGAAGAUGGACCUGAAGUUCUCAAGAACCUGUGUGCCAUAAUACGACCACAAGAAAAGAUUGGCAUAGUAGGUCGGACGGGAGCGGGGAAGAGCUCCCUGAUGCAGAUGUUGUUCAGGAUGGCGGAGCCACAAGGAACAGUCAGGAUUGACGGGGUGGAUGUCACCAAGAUCGGACUCCACGACUUGAGGAAGAAAAUCUCCGUCAUUCCCCAGGACCCUGUCCUGUUUUCUGGUUCCCUCAGGAGGAACUUGGAUCCAUUCAACGACUUUACAGACCUGCAGCUUUGGAGUGCCUUAGAGGAGGUCCAGCUGAAACAGGCUGUGAAAGAGCUUCAAGGAAAGCUUGAAUCUGAGAUGGCUGAAUCUGGGACCAACUUCAGUGUGGGCCAGAGGCAGCUGGUCUGUCUAGCCAGGGCCCUGCUCAGGAAAAACAGGAUUCUCAUCAUCGAUGAAGCAACAGCAAAUGUAGACCCCAGGACGGACCAGCUUAUUCAGGAGACCAUUCGAGAGAAGUUCAAGAACUGCACAGUGUUAACAAUAGCCCACCGACUCAAUACUGUCAUCGACUCGGAUAGGAUCAUGGUACUACAGGAGGGCCGAGUACAGGAGAUGGGAGAGGCUCAUGCCCUGCUGCAGGACAGAGAUGGUGUUUUCACAGCUAUGGUGGACCAGUCCGGGAAGAUGUUAGCAGCAGAGCUGAGAGAAGCAGCCAGGCAGUUUUAUGUUGGCAAACACGGCACAGAACACGUUUUAGAAGAUAUACAUGCUGCUCUGACUCUUUGUAAUGUGGAAUUUUUGACCACUGUUUAGAUUAUGGUGUUGCAAAACACUGAACAGCUGUUUUCACAAACAAAUUGAAUACAUAUUUCAUGAAGUAGAAAAUAAAUUGAUGACUGUGUCACUGUGCCUUCUUCAUGGUGUAGAAUGGUACAAUUAUAUAGUACCUUGUUUUAGUGUCAUGUUUUAGUGCCUUGUUUUAUUGGACCAGGCAAUUAUCUAUGCUGAUGCAAAGCUGCAUCUUGAAGGAAAGCAAUAAUCAUGACAUUAUCGUAAACUUUGUUUUAGGAACUCUAGAAAGUAUUUUAAUUAAGAUUGGAACUAAUUUUCAAUGAACAUUGUUGCUGGUUUCAUGGAAGGAAGCUAUGAUUGUGUAUUUCUCAUUCAAAACAUAUUUGAAGAGUUUUAAGUUAUGGAUAUAUAUGCAAAAAAUGACAUAUAUAUUUGUGAUGUUUGUCCAAAGAUGCAAUAAUACCAGACUACCUCUAAAUUUGUUUUUUUGAUCCUAUCUCUUGUUCUUUGAUUUACAUUUUAUACAUGUAUAUGGUCCUUACUUCUGUAUUGACAGCAUUUCUAAUAGAGAUAGUACUGACAUGACUUGAAAACAGUUCAUGUCAUGUUUUUAAUUUCUAUCAUGACGACCUAUAAACGUCUUACAUAAGUCAAGGAAGGAUUUUCCUUUUACUGUCAGUGUGCCCAUCUGUAGCUCCUGGUGUGUCAAAUGAUAAAUUCCUGCUUUCUGUUUGGCAUGGACAGGAUUGGAGGAUGUUGUACAUGGAAUGAUGUCACUCCUUGAGUUUUUGGAAAAAACUAUUUUCCAUGAGAUGAUCUAGUACAUGUAUCUAGUAUCCUAUCUUAGUAUAAGAUAAGAUAAGAUAAGAAUGUUUGUUGCCCACAAUUCUUAGAUGGUGCUACAAAACAUAAAAGAGGUUCUAAGUUAGUGGGCUUCACCAUGUAGUAUUUAUGUAAACGGUGUUUUAGUUUGUUUUAGUUUGCUGUUACGUUGAUUAACAAGGUUAUGAAUAAGAAUGAAAGGUAUACAGUUUUGAAACUGAUUUAUAUAUUACAUUAAUGUGGACACAGUUCGGUGGAUCUGUAUUGAAAAUAGUAAGGUGACAACCAGUGUUAUAUGAGGUCCAAAUUGUGGUCACACAACACAGUCCUUGCUGUACAAGUAUGUACUAUUGAUGCUAUGUUUAAUACAUGACAUUUGUGUAUUAUCAUUUUUGGCAAUAAAUACAUCAUCAGAUGUAGAAUACGAUGUGCUAUAUCUAAAUGACAGCAACAUUAAAUUUCUGUGACAUCGUGACUACUA